AUGUCGUUUUCUGGAAAUAGCUUCAUCGUACUAGCAAUAUUCUCCAUCGUCGUAACUCAAAUCUAUGGUUUGGGAAAAAUGGGAAGAGUGGGAAGAGUAGACCCAAUGGAAGAUCUCCAACCGGAAGAGACGCUAGCGGUUCACAACCAGAUCCGAGCAGCGGUCGGGGUGGCUCCAUUGGUUUGGGACAGCAAAAUCGCUGCCCAUGCACAAGCCUACGCUAACGUACGCUCCAAAGACUGCGCCAUGCAACAUUCAACCGACGGGACCUACGGAGAGAAUAUAGCUGCCGGUUGGGUCCAGCCUAUAGACACCAUGAGUGGUCCGAUCGCGACUAAGUUUUGGUUGACGGAGAAGCCUGCUUACAACUACGCCACCAACAGGUGUAGUGAUGUGUGCGGGCAUUACACUCAGAUUGUGGCUAAUCAGUCGACACGACUCGGUUGUGGUACGGUCAGGUGUUUCAAUAAUGAGUAUGUUUGGGUCGUAUGUAACUAUGCUCCUAGGCCGAUGGGUGAUGCCAAUACACGUCCCUAUUGA